UGGGGGUCUUUGAGAUUUCUCUGCUGUUACUGACACUGUCCAUAUGCGACCCGAAAGAAAAUACAAGUUUUAUUGAUAUGCAAUAUUUUUUAAUAAGAGACAAUGAUAAGUAAAUCGAUUAGGGUGUGUCAAAAAUUUUUGAGGUAUUGAAAGAUAAUGCUUUAUUGACAAUGACAAGAUUUCAUCCUUACCAUGGGCAGAACAUUCGCCUUCUCCAUGACAACAUGGUGGCAUACAGAGAAACAAGCUUUGCACAUGCACUAACAUUCAGUGAAAAGCCUUUACGACCAGGAGAAAUAUUCCUUGUGGAAAUUGAGAAGAACGAACGUGGGUGGAGUGGGCACAUGAGGAUAGGACUAACGCAAUUCAAUCCCGCUGAUCACUUUGAAUUACCACAGUAUGCACUUCCAGAUCUCCAUAACAUGGGCAAAUCAUGGAUAUUUGCUGUGACUAAAUCUCAUAACAAAGUCAUGUUGAAUGAGGAGGGGGACACUGAUAAUGGUGAUGAACCGUACCAGUCCGUCAUAGGUGAGACGGACAUCGUGCAGACCCCGCAAGGCUCGUUUAGUCGCAGCUUAUUGUUACCUUUAGGAAAACUGUUUCCUUCAAAUAAAAGUGGAAAUAAUUCAUAUCAUGUGCCCAAAAAGAAUGUGUUGCCAACAGAUGUGGGCAGUAGGAUUGGUAUUAUGUAUAAAGUGAAUGGUGACACGGCCGAAAUGAGGUUCAUAAUCAAUGGGGAGGAUCAGGGGCCAUGUGCUCGCUACAUUCCUUACCAAGGGGGAAACCUUCAUGCAGUUGUAGAUGUCUAUGGAACCACCAAACAAGUGCGAAUUAUUCAGCUUUACGGAGUGUCCACCCUUCAGAACGCCUGCAGGGACAGAAUCCUACAGCUAACCAGUGAGGACGACCUCAAUAAGUUGCCAUUGCCGAAAAAACUCAAGCAGUUCCUUCGAUAUGAACUGUAAAACUCAUGACACGAUUUUUUCUUUGUUGAACUUGAUUUGAUUAUGUUGUUAUAAUCAUGUUUAAAUCCUUUCAUAUGGUUCUGUGAUCAUUUCUGGGUAAGAUUUGCCACGCUGUCUAUUUGUUUUUUCAUAGGGCACCAUACUUUUUUGUAUCUAUAUAUAUAUAAAGAUAUAGUUUAGACUUAAAGUCAUAACAGACUUUUACGCUGUGAAAAUUUCUUGAAAAUCCGUCUAUAGCUUUUAAAUGUUUUGAUAUUCUUAUAAAUGUACAAUGUACAUAUUAGAUAUCAAAUUAAGUCGUCAUUUUGAAACUCUUAUUGUGAUGCUGAAAUUUAUGUUUUUUUCCUUCUUUCUAAUCAUAGAAGCUUUUUCUACUUGUAAUUAUGUAACCUUGUUGUUGAUUGUUUUUACCAGCAGUUGCCAUUAUACUAAUAGUUUCUUUUUGUCAUUUAAUCUUAGCAUUAACACAAAAUUUAAAAUUUGAUGGAAGGAUACUAAGUUGUGAUAAAUUCUUUCUGUAUAAAACUGUUUGCUAUCUGAUUACAGUAUCAUUUACCAAAGUCUUUAUGUUCUAGAACUGAGGGAUAAAUCUGUAUGCUUCAGUCUAGCAUUGUAUAUCAGGUGUUUUCAAGUUUUGAUAUGAGUGGAGCAAUGUAUAUUCAUGUACUUGUAAUUCUUGCAGUUCACAAAACAAGAUUUGAAAAAUUCAAACGCACGUUUUGCAAAUCUACACGAACACCUCUGGUGUAAUGUUUUGAUAUGGUUUUAGCUAUCAGCAGCAUAAUACAUUAGUAAUGCUUCCAGAUACGGAAAGUGUACCAUUUCUUGUGUUUAAUUAAUUCAAACAUCAAAAGUAUUAAAUACACAAUUUUAAAAUCUUUUUACAUAGACUAUUGCAACAUGGGUCCUUCCUGAAAAAUGAGUAAAAUCUAAAUGAAUUAUUUUCUUGUAUGAACCAGUGAGGAAAAUAUGGCGUGUUUGUGUGUGUUUUUAAUUGAUGUAGGUGUCAUUUUUUGGUGCAUCUUAUCCUUGUAUCAAAUGUAAUAAUAAAAGUUAUCCAACAGAAACAGAAGCUAUUUGUACGGAAAAAGAAACAAGUUUUACCUGUAUAGGUGAAAUAUGUAUUAAACAAUGGUACAAUCUUUAUGUGUUAUUAUGUAGGGUUGUGUGAUUAUACUGCAAUUGUUUUAUGACAAAAAAAUUGGAACGAAAAACAGGUCAUCAUGAUGAACUCGUACUUCAAAACUAUUAACUUAUUAUUGCCUUCAAAAUUUUAUGUACAAAUGAGUUUUUAUUUAGCAGUUCUUCAAAAUAAGUUUCAUGAGAGUUGUUCUUAUACAUUUUGUUGUACUUGUAGUUUGAAGGAAUAAAGAUAAAUAAAAACUUUCUAAGCAUC